AUGUGGAAGCUAAAGAUCGGUGAGGGGGCAGGCAACCCGCUGCUUCGGUCCCCCAAUGGCUUCCUCGGCCGGGAGACGUGGGAGUUCGACCCCGACGCAGGCACGCCGGAGGAGCGCGCCGAGGUGGAGAGGCUCCGCCGCGACUUCACCCGCAACCGCUUCACCCGCAGGGAGUGUGGUGACCUCCUCAUGCGCAUGCAGUUUGCAAAACAAAACAACCUUUACACAAAUCUUCGUGUUAACAAUCAUAAAGAUAGUUCUGAAAUCACAGAAGAAGUUCUCUUGACUGCUUUGAAGCGCGUUCUUGAUCAACAUUCUUCUCUUCAAGCACACGAUGGACAUUGGCCUGGUGGCUUUAGUGGGGUUCUGUUCAUUCUUCCUCUCAUGAUAUUUGCUUUGCAUGUGACUCAUUCACUCAAUGAUGUCCUGUCGUCGGAGCAUAUACGUGAGAUAUGUCGAUACAUUUACAACAUUCAGGUCUAG